AUGUCAAAGCCCAAUACCUCCCAUCUCGACAAUGCCCUCUCAACAGCCCUGGCCAAGCGAAAGCAGCAAUCCACAAUCCGACAAUUGACCACAAACCCAGCGACCUCCAUUGACUUCUCCUCCAACGACUUCCUCUCCCUCGCAACAUCGCAAGAAUUACGAGCUGCGUUCUUGAAAGAACUUCAAUCCGACCCAGCUCUCGCCAACCAUCUCGGCAGUGGCGGUUCACGACUCCUAGACGGAAACUCAACGUACGCGGAACGACUGGAGAACGACAUUGCGGAAUUCCAUGGUGCAGAAGCUGGACUACUGUGCAAUUCAGGCUACGAUGCGAAUGCUGGACUGUUCUCAUGUUUGCCCCAGCCGGGAGAUGUGGUGGUUUACGAUGAAUUCAUUCACGCGAGUGUUCACGAUGGGAUGAGAAUGUCACGAGCGAGAAAGUUGGUGCAUUUCACGCACAACGAGCCGGCAGCAUUGAGGAGAGUACUGGAGGACUGUGUCGCCGAGGAUGAGGCGCUGCGGGAAGGUCGAAGGAAUGUCUUCAUCUCGGUCGAAGCGGUGUACAGCAUGGAUGGGGACGUGGCGCCGCUCAGAGACUUCGUGGCGGUGGUCAAGGCAGUACUGCCGAAGGGCAACGGGCACUUGAUCGUCGACGAGGCUCAUUCAAACGGCAUUUUCGGUCCGCGAGGGAGAGGGCUGGUGAGCGGGUUGGGUCUUGAGAAAGAAGUGACUGUACGACUGCACACGUUCGGCAAAGCGCUGGCAUGUAAUGGGGGCAUCCUUCUCUGCAGUCCGCUCAUCCGGCAAUACCUCAUCAACUACGCGAGGCCAAUGAUCUACACGACCUUCAUGUCAUAUCCAGCAUUGGCGGCGAUAAGAGCAUCGUAUUCGUUCCUGAUGGAAGGGAAGACCGUGGCAUUGGCGAGAAAUCUCCAGAUGCUGAUUCGAGCGCUGCACGAGAGAUUGCUUGAGAUGCAAGAGUCUCUGAAUCUGGCGACAAACAUGCAGCAUCUCCUGCAAUGUCCACAGCAAUGUCCAGACACACCGAUAUUCUCGAUCUUGUCAUUCGAGCCGAAGAUCCUCGCCGCGCACUGCCAGAGGAGUGGAUUUGUGGUCCGUGGAAUCCUGCCACCAACGGUACCAGAGGGCACAGAGCGAAUCCGAGUAUGCCUGCAUGCCGGCAACAGUGUCGAGCAGAUCGAUGCGCUGGUUGCGACCAUCCGGAAGUGGGUUGCGAAGCGGGUUCAUGAGCUCGAAUCCGGCAAAGACGUGACGGCUAGGCUGUAG